UAUAUUUGACACGUAAUUAGUGUUGUGUUGGUGUGCGACAAGUGUUCACAGUUUGGCUCAAUUUGUAAAUUGUUUAUUCAAAUGGUUUGGCUUUUUUGUACAUAACUGACAACAAAGUGUUGGCAUUUGAUUGUAAAUAAAUCGAGAGAUCAGUGUAUUUCUAUUAACGAAGACAUCGUCUAAAUAAGUGAUUUGGUAUCAAAUCAAACCAUGACUUCAAUUAUCGGAAGUGUUACGGCCGCUGGUGGUCAACAGCGGCGGCAAAAUAAAGACAAAAAAAGUCAAUCAAAUAAAAGCAAUCAUGUGGUCAACAGUACCGCCUCUAAUGAUAAUAAUCAGAGUAACCAUACUUCUGAUAAACAAAAAGUUGAUCACAAAUUACAGCCAACGGCAGAACAGAUCCGUAUAGCAAAUCUGAUGAAUGACAAGAUGGAUGACAACGAUAUUAAGGCCAAAAUUGAUCAAAUAGUUGAGUUGACGGGUGCUUCACGUGAUGACGCUGUGGUAGCACUUCAUGACUGCGAUAACGAUGUCUCCAAAGCAGUUGAUAUGAUACUAGAAGGCGAUAGUCUCGACACUGAGUGGCGAUCGACCGGCAAAAAGAAGAAACCUCCCAAAAGUGCAGCCAAUUCCGCAAAUGAUGAAAAUCAUAAGCCAGACCACAGUCGUGAUAAUAAAUCGGACAACAGAGACGCCAAGCAAUCGAACAAUCGAUCAGAAAGUAAAUCCAAUCGAGUCGGUGGUGGUCGCGGAGGAGGACCUCCGAGAUUACAGAAAGCUUUGGCAUUCAAAGGUCAACGAGGAAGACCGGGAUUUAAGGAAAACAGAAAUUCUGGUGAUAGACAACCAUCGGAUGACCAAAGUAUCGGUGUGUUUAAUAGUUCACAACAACCAACAAAUAGGUCUUUAUCAGACAUGUCUGCGCCUCCUAAACGAAAUGAAAGGAGAGGUCGUGGACGCGGUUCAGGUCGGGGAGGCGGCAAUAGAGGAGCUUUCAGUGGUUCAGGUCGGGGGUCACGUACCUUUCAAAACCGUGGUUUACAGGGCAACGAUGGAUUUCCUAACUCCAUAGACACGUGGACCAAUAGUACCGCUGAUGAAACGUCAAAUAAAGCCAAUUUAACUGUUAAUACAAUGACUGUCGGCAACUGGUCUGACAUUGCGACUAAUGAAGACUGGAGUGAAGAGGAUUGGGAUCCAAAUCACAUGGAGACCAAAGUGUUUACUCCGAGCACUAAGAUAUCUGAAAAGGAAGAGAUAGAAGUGAGAGACAAAAUGUCAUCGAAAUUGUCUCAAAACAACCAAAAUCCUAAUUUAACGCAAUUUAUGCCGAAAUCAAGCGUUGAUUCUAAUCAACAAUCAAUGAGUUCAUUAUUAUCGGCAAACAUAUCGCGUAAUGCGAACGUAGCCGCCGGUCAAACACUUCUUCAGCAAAUACAACAGUCAAAUGCUGGUCAAACAUCAUCUUUGAAUCAGUUCUCACAUUAUAAUAAACAGGCGACUGAAAGCAUAAAAUCACUCGUUGGACUGACUUCUUCAUCUAAUUACAACAAUAAUAAUUCUGAUUUAUUGUCCACUAAUGAACGGGAUUUAGAUUCACUGACUAACCCUCAAAACAUUUCUAUGACCAAUAAGACGGCGCGAAUAAAACAAACGAGACCUUCAAAAAUACCAGAAUCAGCUGUCGAGAUGCCAUCAAACGAUACUAUUGCCGCAUUGGGUGUCCAUUUUGGAAGUCUUGAGUUUGGUUCCGAUAGUAACCAGUUUUCAUUGAGUUCUGAUACUAACGCCGUAUUCCAAGAAGCAGUCAGUCAUGUGAAUAAACAGAAAAAGUCCGAAACUAAUUCACUGUCGAGCAGUUCCAUCUUAACACAGUCUACUGAUAAUACAUACCGACCCUCCAACACAAAUAUCAACGAUUCCGCCAAUAAAGUGGUUUCUUCUUCAAUCAUACAGAACUCAGUGCUCGGACAUCAAUCACUUACUGGCGAUACACUACUUGAUCACAACAAGUCAAGUGUUGGACAGUAUGCGCACAAAGUACUCGACCGAACCAACAAAUCUGAUUAUUCCUCUGUUUCGCCGCAACAGACCGUUAGCUCGACAGACAUUACCUCAAAUUAUAAGACCACAUAUUCAUCAGAUAAUACCUAUAACUCAAGCUAUUCAACGACCAGUUCUUCAACUUAUCCCUACACAAACAGUCAAUCUUAUGGCAAUUAUUCAACAAACUUCUCUGGUACAGCAAUUGGCAAUACAUCCAAUAGUUCCAAUCAAAAGUUAAGAGAUAUGGAUACGAAUCCACAACAAAAACAAUAUGAUGUGACCAACAAUUCUGUCGGUAGUUUAGGAAUGAUUAAUUCUACGGUUACCACAAAUGUCUUGAAAAAUACAUUGUCUGCGACUGGAAAAGGUGUCCAUAAUGUUCCUCCCGGUGUUGCCGCUACUCCUGUGUUAAGUACUCCUUAUAUUGUUCAGAACACAGGAGUUCCUAUUUAUCCGAUGGGUAUUCCUUAUGACUUACAAUUUCAACCGACGGCUCGCGAACACAAUUUUGGUCCGUACGGCACACAAGAUGUGAAGUACGGUCGCGGAUCUGAAAAUGAAGUAAUACCGGUAUCGACGAGUCAAACGGGCGUUUCACACAAUCAGACGUUUGUUAACACUUUUCCACCGGGAUAUGGGUUUUAUUUAGCGCCUGGCAUUAAUAUGAUGCCCGCACAGAGCAUUUAUCCCACUGCCGGUCCCCUUUAUCCUGUGGCUCAACAUCAGGGUACCGGCUCAGGUGGCAAUGCUUUUGCUAAGGCUAGCACUACAUAUGGAUCUCAUUCUUACAAUUCUGGAUACGAUUCCAUUUCAGGUGUGGCUCAAAACCAGGAUUAUGUUAAACAAAGUUAUCCACAAUCAGUGCAACAACACAACAAAGGCAUGAGUGGUUCCAAUGCAUCGGACUUGACCUCUGGAAAUACAUCUAUUUAUGGCAAAUCACAUUCGCAAAUAAAUAAAAGUUAUGAUAAACAGGGCUUUCAAACGGCAACCCCUGCCUUCAAUCUGACAGCCGGAACACAAUCAGCGGGCAAUAUGUCGUCGACAUACGGCGCUCCCUAUGUGUUACCUCAUUCACAACAAGCCAUGUCUUUACACACUAUGUCAUCGCUUCAAAACGAUGUCUCGCAGACAAGUGGGCCGGGAGUUGCAGGACAGAGAUCUAUAUCUCAGUCUCACAAAAAUUCGGGAACAGGAGCUAACAAUUAUAAAUAUAACUGGAGUUAAAUGUAUUAACUAAUGACAACAAUCCAACAUUAUAUAUAAUGAAUGCAUCACUUAUUAUAUAUUUUAAUGUAUAUUAUUAUGAAAAUGCUUUGAAUGUU